AUGGCGCCCACACGGCGCCUCAUACUGCUCCUUCUAUUCUUCGCAUGCAUCAUUACAGAUUCACUAGCACAAUCGGAGCCGGCCAAAGACAAAAAGCAAGGCCGCAAGAUGAGCGAUGUCGGUCCGUCGUUCAUGCGCAAACGCACGCAUCCAAUGAUCUUCUAUCGACCGCGGCAGCCGACGACAAUUCUAGCGCUGCUAUUCCUUUCAUGA